AUGUCGCAGCUACCAAAUGGCCUCAUUGCCUUCGGGCCUCAAGCAAACUGUACCCUCGAACUCUGCCCCAUCGAAUGGAGUAUUCUCAGGUAUCAGCCCUCGCAGGCUGCUAGCGGAGUCUUCAUCGGCAUCUUCGGCCUUACUCUUCUAUUACAUGCUGCUCAGGGCAUCUGGAGGCGCACCUGGGGCUUCAUGGUGUGCAUGGUGUGCGGGUGUAUCCUCGAGAUUGCUGGAUAUGUCGGUCGUUUACUGAUACACAACAAUCCAUUCGAUUUCAACGGCUUCAUUAUGCAAAUUGUUUGCAUUACCAUCGCUCCUGUCUUCUAUUGUUCAGCCAUCUACGUUACCCUAUCUCAAGUCAUCAACGCGCUAGACACCUCGAUCUCCCGACUGAAGCCAGCGCUUUUCUACUGGAUCUUCAUCCCUUGCGAUAUCGUCUCCCUGGUCUUGCAGGCCGCCGGUGGUGCCCUGUCUUGCGUUGCAACCAAUAAGGAUGCCGUCCAGAUCGGCGUGAACAUUUCUUUGGCCGGUCUCGUCUUCCAGGUCUUCACCCUCAUCUGCUUCUGCAUCCUUUUCGCCGAUUAUCUCCUGCUUGCCAAGAAGUCCUCAUGGAACCGCGUCGAUAAGCCAAUGAAGUUCUUCCUCUCCUUCCUUUUCUUGUCCAUUUUCUUUGUUCUGCUUCGAUGCGUCUACCGUAUCGUGGAGCUCCAUGAUGGAUACUUCAGUGAAUGGUUCCGAGAUGAGGAUCUCUUCAUCGCCCUCGAGUCAGCAAUUAUGGCAGCUGCUGUCAUUUCCCUCAACAUCGGCCAUCCUGGACCUGUCCUUGGCAGUAAGAAGGGAAGCAGGUUCGACGAGAAGCAGGGAGACAUUUCCUCUUCAUAA